AUAAGGUAUAACCUGUCUCCCGCCCAUGAAACGUGUCUGCUAAAUUUUAAUUGCACAUUGGAACAGAAGAAAGCUAUACAAGGAAUAUCGUUAGGCGUGCUGUGGCGGCCGAUGGAGAAGGAGUUGCGGAAGCCAAGGGAGGGAGAAAGGGAGGCGUCCAGGGGGCCUGAAAUUGCGGGGCAGAUGGAGGUUGCGCGCCAGGGAAUCAAUCGAGAGACGGGCGGGAGUUGUGCCUUGUUUGUGUCAACAAUCAUAGCGAUGAUCCGGCCUCCUCCUGAACCACCGCCAGGGGAUGAACGAGGUGCUAGGAUUCAAGAUACUUGUUUUGCUUAUUUAGUUUUUUUCUUGUUUCAUCCUCCUCCUAUUAGUUUUUAUUAUUUUAUCAUUUGGUUUCUUGUUACCGUCUAUUUUGUUAGGUCUGUGAGUUUGUUUGGGAAUUUAGCCUCCUUUUAUGUCCUUGGGUAUGUUUGGAUCUAUGAGAACAAAGAUGACUGUGUCAAGCCCG